AUGUUUCAUCAAACUUCCUCCGUCCCAACUUUUCUUUCUUGUUUAUGUUUUUUCCUCUCUGUUUCUUCAGACGUAAAACAUCCCCUACACAAAUUAUCUCCAACGAGUGAGAAUGAAGCCAGAAGAAAUGUGCAAGAAAAAAGAUUCCCCGGAUUUUCUUUCUUUUUAUUUGAUAAACUACAUUUGUCUCCUCUUUUACUGCCCACCAUCGUUUCAUUUUCAUGCCUUCCAGCCUACCAAGAUCUAUCUAUCUAUCUAUCUAUCUAUCUAUCUAUCUAUCUAUCUAUCUAUCUGUACCCUUCUGAAUCUAUUCAUUCACACUAUCUAUCUAUCUAUCUAUCUAUCUAUCUAGUUCUAUCUAUCUAUCUAUCUAUCUAUCUAUCUAUCUAUCUAUUUUCUUCUUCUUCUUCUUCUUCUUCUUCUUCUUCUUCUUCUUCUUCUUCUUUGUCGUCAUCCCUUCUUUUGCUCCCCGUCUUCUUUUUCUUCACCCACGUCCACAUCUUUCCUCCUUCAUCAUCAUCUUUUUCUUCUUCUUUCUCAUCAUCAUCCCUCCUACUCCUCUUUCAUUUUCUUCUUCUUCCUUGUUUAUUCCUCCUUUAUCUUCUUCUUCUCCCUCGUCCCCAUCCUUCUGCUUCUUCUUCUUCUGCUGCUACUGCUGCUUUUUUCUUCUUCUCCCUUGUCGUCAUCCCUCUUCCUCCUCUUCUUCUUCUCCCUCGCCCACAUCCCUCCUACUCCUUUUCCUUCUUCUUCUUCUUCUUCUUCUUCUUUCCUCCUCUAUCUUCUUCUUCGUCUUCUUCAUCCUCAUCCUUCCUCCUCUAUCUUGUUCUCUCUCGUCGUCAUCCUUCUUCUAUUUGCCGCAUCCCUUCCAAGCGUGGGCCUAUGCUAGCACUUCUAACCCCUUCUUUCACAUAA